AUGAUCGGAGACGACCCGUACACACUUGGAUUGUUCGAUACUGCCGGCCAGGAGGAUUAUGAUAGACUUCGCCCUCUCUCGUAUCCACAGACGGACGUUUUCCUAGUCUGCUUCAGCGUCACAUCCCCCGCAUCCUUUGAAAACGUAAAGGAGAAAUGGUUCCCCGAAGUUCACCACCAUUGUCCGGGCGUGCCUUGCCUAAUCGUCGGCACCCAAAUAGAUCUUAGGGACGAUCCGCAGGUCGUUGAGAAGCUUGCAAGGCAGAAGCAGCGCCCAGUCGCUGCAGAGCAAGGCGAGCGACUUGCAAAGGAGCUUGGUGCCGUCAAGUAUGUCGAGUGCUCGGCAUUGACGCAGAAGGGACUCAAGAACGUGUUUGACGAGGCGAGUUUUUCAGACCGUAGCACUCUUUGCUCCAUCUAA